AUGACUGAUACCAUCAACAAGCCUAUUCUACUGAAUCGUUUCCCGAGCGAAAUUAAGGCAUUUUAUAUGCAGAAGGAUACGCACGAUAAUACCUUAACAGAAUCUGUUGAUCUUCUUAUGCCUGGUGUUGGCGAAAUUGUUGGUGGCAGUAUGAGAGUUUGGAAGUUCGAUGAGCUAUCGAAAGCUUUUAAAAAUGUGGAAAUUGACCCGAAACCAUAUUACUGGUACUUGGAUCAACGUUUAUAUGGCACCUGUCCACAUGGUGGAUAUGGACUUGGCUUGGAACGUUUUAUUUGUUGGUUAACAAACACCAAUCAUAUUCGCGAUGUGUGUCUUUACCCACGCUUUGUUGGUCGAUUUGUCCCAUAA